AUGGGCAUGGGGAAUUCUGUCGGCUGCUGCAGCGAUCGCGACAAGGACGAAGAGUUGAAGGCCUCCAUCGGUCGGAAGUUGGGGUCGACCAAGGAGAGCUUCCGUGUCACGUUGACGAAGGCAUCUCCAGAUGACAAAUUCGGUAUCGCGUACCACGCUGAUAAGAAGGCCAUCCGUAUUAUUGGUAUUGCCGAGGGCUCUCUGAUGGACAAGUGGAAUAUGGAUAAUCCAGGCAGAGAGGUGCGCGUAGACGACCGCGUGGUCGAAGUCAAUGGAACAAGAGCAAAAUCGCAAAAGUUGGUUGAGUUAUUGGAGACCGAACACGCAGCGGACCUCCUUGUGACAAGACAGGUUAUUGCGCCCGAUGCCUUGGACGGCUACUGGCGAAGUAGCAACAACGAUGAUCCUGUGUUCAUACGAAAAUCAAAAGCCAAGUUCGAGAAUGGGAAGACAUGGACAUUGCACCUACGAGGCGAUGGCGGCAUUACAGCCAUGAGAUCAAGUGGCGAGCAAUACAGUGCAUCACUCUUGCAUGGUGGGCUACAUUGGGAUGACGGCGACGUUUGGGUACGGGACUACCAGGAGUACCGCAUUGACAAUUCCGUUCUGAAGAUUAAUUCCAAGGGCAUGGCCUACCGGACCAGAAAGGACCUCGACGCCAGAGCCCCCGAGGAGGAGGCCGGCUUCGCCAAGUGGGGCGACACGAUCACCGCCCACGAUUUGGAGGAUGGGUGGGUUUGCGUCCAUAUUGAUUACGAUACGUAUUACCUCCCGACUCACGUGAAGGGUAUUCAGGUGUUAGUCCCUCAACCUCCGACGCUCCGGGCUUCAGCCUCGGACGCACUUGGAAAGAGAGCGGCGCUGGAGGAGCCAGACGAUGCCCCUGAGCAGGAUCUGCCCGCGGCAAGCUCCACGGCGGCCAGCUCCACGGCCCAGUAG